UACCACUAUAUUAGCUGUGCAUAAAUGCCGGGGUCUCAGACAAGCACCUACCUCAGCUUGGACCUGAGAAAGAGAGAAAGCAGGACAGGUCUCUCUGUGUAGAGAGCAGAACUGGUACUCAAACCAUGCUGCAAUCCAGGGCAUUGGUGAUAGCUCUGAUUCUGCUCCUUAGCACCACUCUCCCUGAAGUGCAGUCCAAGUCCAUCUUUGACAAAGACCGUCGUGAGUUGCUGGCCAUCCCUGAGACUAUUGCAUCUUACUUCUAUGAAGCUGUGAACAAGGUGUCCCCUAAAGUCAGUCAGUUCUUGUUGGAUACUGUCCAGAGUCCAACAGUUAUUGCAGCCAGACAGAGAAUCGCCAAAGAAGCAAAUAAAGUCAGUAUAAUGUUUGAACAGCUGGUUGAAAAAAUAAAGAGCCUGUGGUACACAAGAGUCCUUGGCUAUUAGCCAAGUGAAGACAAGUCAGUGUUUCCUGAUGUGUGUAACACCCUACAGUGUCCUUUCCCCCUUCCCCUCCUACGGACCAAGAUUAGUCAAUAAGACAGAAUCGAUGCUCCUCUUAAUGCCACUAGAGGGAACCCACCUUCAAAGACCAAAAGAGGGAAGGCAUCUGCUGAAGGCAUCUGCUGAAGCCUCCCCCGGAAAAAAUCGAGCAUCUGGGCAUGGGGAAGGCAAUAUAGCAAUUGUAGAGUUCUUCUGUAGCCAAAUCUUGAAAAUUAAUUCCUCCUGUAUGGCUUGGUCAUUGCCCCUCUAAUAAAAAAAAAUGUUGGUUGUUACACUUC